AUGAACUCUUCUGCGCCAGUUCUCGUUGAUUCCAGCAAUCAAUCGAUUACUGAGCAGAUAGAAUGUAAUGUCAUAAGGCGGCCAGUACCCAUAACACCUGGUUCAUUUUGUAUAAAUCCUCAAAUACAGACCCACCCCUAUGACCGGCCUCCACCGAGAGCACCACCAGCAGUUCGGCUUCAAAUGAUUCCUCGUCACUCUCCCUCUGAAAAUCCUGUGAUUGCCUCACUUAUGAAUACGGUAGCUGCAGCUCGGGAUCGGAAACGUUUACGUGAGGAAGCUAUGUACCCAAAAAGAAAUGUUGGUCAGCAAACGGAAGGAGAUGAAGUUAUUGAACAAGACGGUUAUGAACUAGAUAAUGGUAUCUCGUCUACAAAACGGGUUAAGCGUGAGGAAAACGCUAAUCAAUCUCGCCGAGAUGUUUCAUUUGAGACGAUCGGAACAAAUACUUCACCUGCCCCGAUACGGCUCACACCAGUGUCUUCUGAAUCUUCCUCAUCAGCAAACCCGUCUACAACUCAACCACAUCGAUCGUCAUUACAUAGAAGACGUGAACGGGAAACGCCAGCUGCUCGGCAAGCUCGUCGAGAACGUCGAGAGCGUCAACAGCAAGAGGAAACAAUAAGGAUUCAAUUGGAAAACUUGCAACAAAUCGAUGGUUUAGUCCCUGGAAGUGAUCAUAGCUGUAAUCAGAGAUGCCCGCACUUUCAACAUCUUGUGCAAAUAAGCAAUGCAUUGUAUCAUCAGAGUCAACAAUCCGGACCACCACCAACUGGUCCAAAUGCAGUUUCACCUACUAUUGCCCCAGGAGCCUACCUUCGAGGGGGUCAUUAUGUGAAUCCAUUCAGUUUCAACUAUCCGGUGCCAGCUUUCGCACCUCAACCGUUAGUACCCGUGUUGAUGGGCGUUUAUCCGGUGGCUCCAACUGCACCGGUGAUUCAUGCUCCGGUAGCUGUCAGACCACCUCCACCACCACCUGGACAAGCCGCGGCAAUUCAUAAUUUGUAUUCGUUCAGGAGUCAUAAUAUUAAUAUGCCGGGAUACCAUCCUGAACUAUACGAUGCAUUACGGCCGAGCAGUUUGAACUAUCUAUUCCCUUCAAUGGACCGGUUCGGCCUAGAUAGGCAUCAUAUGUUUGCCGGUUUGGAUAUUGAUGUUCCAGUUGGUGCAUCAAAGAUAGAGAUCGAUAACUUCACUCAGCCUACAUUAUAUGUAAAGAAAGAAGGCGAGGAAGAAGAUGAUACGUGUACCGUGUGCUUAAGUAACUUUGAGGAUGGAGAGAGUAUACGAAAACUUCCAUGCAAUCACGUGUUCCACCCGGAGUGCAUUUAUAAAUGGCUUGAUAUCAACAAGAAAUGCCCAAUGUGUCGUGAGGAUAUUGAUAGAAUUCGGAUCCUACAACAACAAUAA